CAUCCUUCGGUCUGCAAGCAACACCAGCAGAGGCACGAGCCCCCCCCUCCUACAUCCAUGGAGCCGCCACCGCCGCCGCCCCAACCACCGCCACCGCCACCGCCCUCCUCCGCCUCGACCCAGGUCCUCUCCGCCAUGGACCUCCACGCGCCGCCGCUCCUCGACGAGAGCGCCGCCGCCGCCGUUGACUCCGUCUGGGACUUCGGCGACCUCCUCGACUUCACCGUGGACGACCACCUGAUCAUCCCGUGGGACGAGGAGCCCCCCGCCCUCGACAACCCCGCCUCCGCCCCCUCCGACCCAGAUCCCGACCCCGCCCCGGAGGACCCGGCCGACGGUGCCCCGGCGUCGACCCGGGUCAGGAAGCGGGACCCCCGGCUGGUCUGCUCCAACUUCCUGGCGGGGUUCGUCCCGUGCGCCUGCCCGGAGCUCGACGAGAAGAUGGAGGAGGAGGCGGAGGGACUGCCCACGAGGAAGCGGGCCCGGGCGCCGAGGGGGGCCGGCCAGGGGAUGGCCCGGUGCCAGGUCCCGAGCUGCAAGGCCGACAUCCGGGAGCUCAAGGGGUACCACCGGCGGCACCGGGUUUGCCUCCGGUGCGCCAACGCGUCGGCCGUGGUCUUGGACGGGGAGAGGAAGAGAUACUGCCAGCAGUGUGGCAAGUUUCACAUCUUGUCAGACUUUGAUGAAGGUAAACGAAGUUGUCGAAGAAAAUUAGAGCGCCAUAACAAAAGAAGGAGAAGAAAGACCAUUGAUUCUGGUGGUGGACUAGCAAAGGAAUUUCAACAAGAUAUUCAUUCUGAAGAUGUUGGCUGUGAUGAUGAAGAUGGGAAAGAUAACUUAUGUUUGAGUGGCCAGUCUGGUGAAAUGGAAGCCUUGUUAGAGCCUGAAGAUGGAGGAGUACCUACACUAGAAACUGCUCCUGAAUGUCAGAUAAUUCCUACAGAUAGUAUUGCAUCUUUUGUAGUUUCUCGUGACGCGCAAAUGGAAAGUAGGAAAGAUAAUUCGAAACAGGCACUUUCUCCAUCCUGUGGUGACAAUAGGAGUGCAUACUCAUCUGUGUGUCCAACAGGUCGAAUUUCAUUCAAGCUUUAUGAUUGGAAUCCAGCAGAAUUUCCUAGACGUCUCCGUCACCAAAUAUUCCAGUGGUUGGCGAGCAUGCCAGUGGAGUUGGAGGGUUAUAUCCGCCCUGGAUGUAUUAUUUUGACAAUGUUUAUCGCCAUGCCCAAGUUUAUGUGGGGAAAGUUAUAUGAAGAUCCUGUAUCAUAUAUAAAUGACUUUGUCCUUCGACCUGGAAGAAUGCUGUCCAGAAGAGGCACUGUCUAUAUCUUUAUAAAUGACAUGGUUUUCCAUCUUAUGAAAGAUGGAACUUCUGUCGUGAAGGUUGAGGCAGGGGUUCGGACCCCAAGGCUUCAUUAUGUCCAUCCUAUGUGUUUUGAGGCUGGCAAGCCCAUGGAGUUUGUUGUUUGUGGAAGUGAUUUGCUGCAACCCCAGUUUCGGUUUCUCAUAUCUUUUGCUGGAAAAUAUUUGGCAUGUGAUUAUGGUGCUGCAUCUUCAUAUUCUGGAAGUGAAAGGGGCAUCAACUGCACUGCUGGUCAUCAGCUGUAUAAUAUACGUAUUCCAAGUACUGAGCUCAAUCAGUGUGGUCCUGCAUUUAUUGAGGUUGAGAACCAGUCUGGCUUGUCGAACUUCAUUCCCAUUCUCGUUGGUAACAAGGAAGUUUGUUCUGAGAUGACGAUGAUACAGCAGAGAGUAGAUAAAUCUCUCUUAAAUGAGGGGCUGCAAAUUUCGGACAUUGGUUACGUCGUGGAUUCACGUGAGGCUUGCUCACGGAGUCGAACCGCACUUUCUGAGUUCAUCUUGGAUAUCGCAUGGCUGCUGAAAGAACCUGCUUCUGAAAAUCUUCACCGCAUUCUUCCUGUGUCGCAGAUUCAAAGAUUCAACUCUUUGUUGAGCUUUUUAAUGCAACAUGAUUCAAGUAUUGUUUUGGAUAAAAUAUUGCAAAGACUGGACGUUCUUAUGGAGUAUAUUGAAUUAACCAGUGAAAUUAGUAGUGGCAAGAAUGAUGCUGAUAUUAGAUUAUUGAAUACCCAAAUAGAUCAGGCAAGAGAAUUUCUCAGGAAACAUCAGUCAUCCAAGAGGGUGGUGCUGCAUUCAGAGCACUCAAGGCAAAAAGAGGAAUGUUCUCAUCAAGGUUUCCCUCAGAAUGAUGUGCUUUCGGCCGUGACCAUUUCUAAUCAGGAUAUGGAGAGGGGAGAGAGCUGCAGGGUAGAAGUAAUGAUGGGUUCCAAUUACACAAACAGCGAGGCCGCUCCACUUUUGGAUGUGGAGUUGGUCAUGAAUGGUAACCUUUUCAAGGGAAAGCCUCGCAGUCGGGUCCUCCUCAACUCCUUUUUGAGAUCUCGUCCUGCUCUAUACUUAGUCGCAACUGCCGCUGUUUGUUUCGGAGUAUGUGCCGUCCUCCUCCAUCCUGAUAAGGUUGGUGAGUUUGCGGUUUCUAUUCACAGAAGCCUCUUUGACCGACCAUAAGGAAAUUGCUCAAGAUCUCGAUCUCCCUGUAUGUACAGAAUGUACUUGAUGAACCUGAUGUUAUCUUAUCGGAUCAAGCUACCAGUCUUUUUUCACGAUUGGGAGCUUUGAUAGCGGGGGUAGCUCAGCUUCAGUUUUCCAUCGGGUGCAUUUUGGAUGAUAGAUGCAAUGAAGGUCAUAGCUCGGUGGAAACUGUAUCUCGGCAGGGACUCACCUGAUUAGCAAAUAUUGGGAACCCCCUACUUUGUGCUCAGCGGAUAUUGCUCGGCUGUUCGUUGCGACAAUUGAGAGAUUUAACUCCAUUUAAUAACUUAAGUAGAAGUUCAACCAUGCAUCGGCGGCUAUCAGGGUCGAAAUUGUGCGGUCUUUGUAUCUUAUUCCUUUGCUUCCAUUGUUGUAAGCGAGAUGAACUUCUCCAUAAACACACGGACGCUAUGCUGCUGACAUUCCGGCUUCAAGAGGAAUCGGGAACUGGAUGUGGAUUUGUACUUCUGAAGUGGGAGUAGUGUUUACUGGGGAUUUGCCUUCUCCCCUGUACUGGUAAUACAAAAGGAAGCGAGGUUUUGGGUUAACGUAUGUGCUCAUUGUUGAUACAGCCUUUCACUUACAAGGAGGAAAGACAUCAAAAUGUGACAUAGUUUCUUACUUCUUUUGAUGUGUAAUUUCUUAUGUUACUUCUCCUGUCCUUGAAAUGGCCUGAACCAGAGUAGUUCUCUGGGUUUCCACAAAAUGCUUCGAAUUUCAAAAUUGGGUUUUGCCUUUUA